AUGUCCUACAGCCGCUGCUCUGGAAACUUCUCCUCCAGCUCCGUUCAGGGCUGCCUGUCACGGUCCAGGUCCUCCUGUGGCUCUGCCUUCCCCAGCAACCUGGUCUACAGCACUGACCUCUGCGCUCCGGGAUCCUGCCAGCUGGCCUCUUCUCUCCAUGGUGGCUGUCAGGACACCUGUGGCGAGCCCAUGGGCUGCCAGAGUUCUUGUGUGGUGUCCAGUCCCUGCCAGAGUUCCUGUGUGGACCCCAGAGUGUCUACGUUCUGCGGUCCCUGCCGCACAACUUACUCUGGAUCUCUGGGCUUUGGGUCCAAUGCUUGCCACCCGCUAGGGUACGGAUCUAGAAGCUCCUGCUCGCUGGGGUAUGGGUGGAGACGCUCCUAUGCCCCAUUCUAUACAUCUGGAAGCUACUACCCACAGGGUUGUGGUUCCAGCGGCUUCGGAUCUAGAAGCUCCUGCUCGCUGGGGUAUGGGUGGAGACGCUCCUAUGCCCCAUUCUAUACAUCCGGAAGCUGCUACCCACAGGGCUGUGGUUCCAGCGGCUAUGGAGUCUACGGUUUCCCUUCCCUGAGUUAUGGGUCUAGAUUCUGCUACCCACCCUACUUGGCCUCUAGAAUGUCCCAGGGUUAUAGUUACAGACCAACCUGUGGCUCUGGCUUCUAUGAAUUUACUUGUUAA